AUGUCGUCGGAUCCAUGUCCAUCCAACCACGGCCGGCCCAACUCCUCCGCCCGCCGCAGCCGGUCGGGCGUCCCGACAGUGGUUGUCGGGAGCAAGCGCAGCGCCGCCUCCGCGGGGGACAAUAACAAUGCCGGUUCUUCUUCGGCGGCGGCGGCGGGAGCGCCGUGCGGCGCGUGCAAGUUCCUGAGGAGGAAGUGCGUGAGCGGGUGCAUCUUCGCGCCGCACUUCGGGUCGGACCAAGGGGCGGCGAGGUUCGCGGCGGUGCACAAGGUGUUCGGGGCGAGCAACGUGUCCAAGCUGCUGCUCCACGUGCCCGUCAACCGCCGGAACGAGGCGGUGGUGACGAUCUCCUACGAGGCUCAGGCCAGGCUCUCCGAUCCGGUCUUGGGCUGCGUCUCCACCAUCCUUACCUUGCAGCAGCAGGUAGCAUCUCUGCAGGCCGAGCUAGCAAUGGUGCAGAACCAGCUCAUAAACAGCCGAUACGCCAUGGCCAAUGUUCUCCACCAACAAGAACAGCAACAGCAACAGCAACAGCAGCAAGUCGCUUUCCUUCAGCCAGCUUACUCCAACAACUCAUCUGCCUCCACCAACCUACUCAAUCUCAGCAGCUUCACCACCACCACCUCCAACUUCGACCUUGUCCCUGAACCCGCCGCCGCCGUCGGCAUAGAGCCUCUCCACAUUACUUUGCCGUCGCAGAAUAACGAUGAAGAUGACGAGGAGGAAAGCCACAUUAUCCCCGGCUGCUUUCGCUAG